AUGUCAGGAAGCAAGUUUACUAAUUCUAGGGCGUCAUUCAGAGGCUCCAACAAACAGAUGCUUCUGAAACCAGAGAAGCCGGAGGUCUUCUACGAAGACAAUGACGACAUUCCCGCCGAGGAUGAUGAAGGGCAGAAGAUGUCAAAAAAGACGGGCGACAGCAGCAGAACAAGCUGUCGAUUGCAGAGCUCAAAGCUCUGGUCAGAAAACCCGAGCUUGUUGAAUGGACUGACACGUCGGCACCAUCCGCGAAUGCUCGCGUCCAUUAAAUCUCAUCGCAAUGUCGUGCCCGCCCCCGGACACUGGUCGCUUGAACGCGAGUAUCUCUCGUCGAAGCGCGGUACCGCUCUUGCGGUUAGGGAUGGAUGGCGUGAGAAUCUCCGUAUGAACAUGGGCCCUUCUAGCGACAAGGGCUUCUACCCGGCCAAGAUUCCGAGCAUUACUGGCGCCUCAACCUCAUCCAUGUACCACAUAAAGUUCACUCAGUACUCUGGAACCGAACGCCUUGAGGGCCAUGAGUGCCUGGCCGGGGGUGAGCCGCCAAAACUCUACAUCCUGGUCGAGGGCGAGACCGAGGACUACGUUUAG